AUGCAUUAUCAUUUUUCUGUUGAGACAAAUGAAACAUAUAAAACCUCUGAUUCCCGUACAUCUCGGAAGAAAGCGCUUCAGCGACAACAUGAAAAAGUUUUAAAAGAAAUAGAAAGAAUUGGCUACACCAUAUAUAAUCUUGACGAGUUAAUCAAAACGUCGCCAGGUUCCCGAAGAACGAAAAACUACAUGAAAAAAAAGAAAGAACACCCUUCAAGACCACUUAACAAAUUCAUGAUUUUCAGAAAGAAUUAUGAAGAAGGUCUGCGCCAGAAAAAAGAAGCCACGAAAAUAGAAGCUGUGUCCAAAGACGCGGCCAACGAGUGGAAAAAAUUAAAGGGAUCACAUGUCUCAGCUCUCUUUGAAGAGAUAUCAAAGUUAGCCGAAUUAUAUCAUAAAGUGCAAUAUCCCGAUUAUAAAUUUAAACCAUGCAAAAAAAAGGCAGGUCUUUCGAGCCCUGAACUAUCAUCAAGCCCUGAAGAUUCUUAUUCAGUUCAAAUGUCGCCGACUUCCGACCAAACCAACGAACUGGAGGACACCCCUUCUAAAAAUGACUUUAUUAUGGAUCCGAGAGAGGACCACCGAUACACUAAUAUACCUUUAUUCCCCGAACAAUCUUCAGCCCCCGCUGCGCCCAAUGCAGGAAUUUCCACUAUAGACCAAACGCCAACAUUUUUCGAUCCAACAACAUAUAAUAGUUUAUUUAACCAGGAGACUUACGACCCUUGCGACCUAAUUACGUAUAGUGAUUUAUUAAACCAUGGAGCCUACAACCCAAUAUCAUAUAAUACUUCGUAUAACCAGGAACAGCAAAAUUUUCUGGAGAACAGAGAACCGAUCGAAAUUUACGAAAAUAAUGGGAUUCAAACUACAUUCUACGAUGCGUGGCAUCAAGUACCAGAAAACAAUGAGAUUCCAACCCCUUUCAACGAUGCGUGGCAUCAAGUACCAGAAAACAAUAAAACUCCUUCAUUUACGUACCCUCUAGAAACUGGAGAAACCACGAUGUUUAUAACUCCUCCACAAGAAACAUCAAGUCAAAGGCUUGAUUUUUUUGAUGAAAUAUUUGAUUUUUCUGGGUUUCAAUGA